GUAGUGGUGGUGGUGUAAAUUGUAGCACAAAUCAGCCAAUGCAUGAGAGACAGCAGCGCAUAUAUAAUUGUGCAGAUUUGACCAAGAAGAGUUGGUUACGUUUUUAACAUCUAUGCUUUUAAGAACAGGAGGAGGAGGAGCCAUGGAGUAAUUGCAGUAACAACUUCUCCACCACGUCAUGGGGUGAUAUGGAUGGGCCCAUAUGGUUCAACUUGAACCAUUAAAGCCAUUGCCCUUUUGGAUCCUACAUAUAUGCUGUUGUGCGCCUGUACGUAUCCUCAAUCUUCACACCUAUAUAAGUUAAUAACCACCAUAAACAAUUUUCCCAUAUCUUGAUCAUAAUACCAAACUUUUCAAUUUCAAAACUCACCACCAUACCAUGGUUUCCCUUCACACCUCUCUUUCUCCAAGCCGAAGAAAAAUCAUCCCAGAAUUGGAGAAUUUGUUCAAGAAGAGGAAAUUGCAUGAUGAUGAUGACGACGAUGAUCGGCCUGAUCAAGCUCCUCGAAAAAUCCCUGAUCACCCCAUCAAAGGCCAACCCAUGAUCAAGCCCACACCUGACACAGAGCUACAGCUCGAGACUCCUACACCUAUGGAGUGGCAACGUUGCCUUGAUAUCAAGUCGGGGCAGAUAUAUUUCUACAACACAAGAACAAAUAAGAGGAUGCUAACCGAUCCAAGGUCAAGCCCAGAGCCACCGGUACCACCACCACCACAGCCAAGUCAUGGUCACAUGAGCUUAGACCUCGAACUUAACCUACCAUGUGGCUCAUCAGGUAAAACUCAGGUGACAAAUAUUUUCACGAAGAACAAUUCAGGUAGCACCUCAAAUUCCUUGGGUGAUGAUCAUGAACUCCUCGUAAAUUCGAGUGCAACCAAGAACAACAACAAUGAUCAAAAAGGAGGCCUAACGCGGUCUCCCUCAUGGUUGACAUUCGAAGGAUCAGAGCAAGAGAUGGUGGCGGCUGCUUGCAAGAAGUGUCAUAUGUUGGUUAUGAUGUGCAAGUCUUCACCGUCUUGUCCAAACUGCAAAUUCAUGCAUCCUCCAGAACAAACCUCUCCGAGUCUUUUAAAACGAAGGCUAAGCCUUUUGUGCUAAUUAAAAUUUCUGUUUGUAUCAAAUAAUAUAUUUAGCAUGCUUUUCAGCAUCAUCAUCAUCAAGCGUGAUCAUAUAUAUUAUAUGUCUAUGGUGCAAAUGUUUAUCGAUAUCCAACGUGCACCUGUAAUUUACUUGUUUCUUUUCCCAACUUCGCUUGUGAGAUAAAACAGUGACCAUCACAGAGAGGGUGAUCAGGUGCAACAAUACUUAAUUUCUGGUGUAAGAUAUGCAAGUAAAUAUUGUACUACGAGAAAGAAUCGGUUGCAUUGGUUCAACGAUUCUUCGGUUGGUCACCAAUCACCAUGAAUAUAUUCAUAUAUUCAUGCAACUAGGACUGACUAUGUAGUCAUGUUAACGUAGUUGUGGUAGUUAAUUCCUUCUUUGUGGAUUUGGUUUGAUUUUUCAAGGCCAUAAA